CAAUUAGUUAGCCCAAUAACAAAAUUAAAAUAGAGUGAAGGAGGGCUGAAGGCGUGAAUUGAAGCUGCCAAGGGGAGAGGCGAACUGCGAAUCCUACGGCGGUGCGCGAACUCCGCUCCAGCCUCCAGUUCUUCACGUCUUGAGUUCUUGUCUUCUUCAGUUGUAUUUUUUCACUUCUGCAAAUCUCCAAUCGGCGACUCCUCUAGACCACUACUCCAGUCUCCAGGUAAAUCUUUCAUUUCUCAUCAACUAAUAAGUAAUAAAAUGAUAAUUUAUUAAUGUUUUAUCUCAUAUUCUUUUGCAUUUUUAAUUUGGAUCAUUUGUUAAUGAACUAAUUAGUUAUCUGUGAAUACUACUUAUAUGAUUGAGGCCAGCCUAGCCAUGUGAUUAAUUAUUAAGUCUGGAUAAUUUGUGAUUGAGUUAACCGAGCAAUCAAAUUCAUAUUAUUUGGUUAUUCUGUUGUUAAUUUUCUUUAACAAAUUGAUAUAAUUAUAUUAUUGGAUUGUUGCUUUUGCAAUUGUUUACACUAUAAUACAUACAUACAUUUUAUUGAAAGAAAUUUAGUUUUUAGGGUAUACAGUUUAUACACCUUAAAUACGCUGGAAGAAUGUCUGAUUAUAAAUGAAGUGCAUUCUGACUGGCUCUGCAUUCAUCUCGAUCAAACAUGAAAACCACUGCAAUUUCCAGAAGCUGUUUGCGAAUUCGCAAUCUAUGUCGCUUCUCCUUUUCAUCGUCGAAUGCUUUGAACCAAUGCAUUUUAACCAACAACCGUUCUCGUCUCUUUCAUAGUGUUCCUGAUGCUCCUCGCCGCCCCCAAACUCUCCUUCCACUUUCGCCUCCGUUUCAGGACGUUCGUUUGAGUCAGUCAGAAGCCGGGCCUGGUCACUAUUUUUGCAGGCUUAGGAUGCUGUGCAGUACUGCUCCUUCAGCUAAUCAAUCAAAUAGCGGAUCCUCCGAGGAUAGUUCCGGGAAAGGAGAAGGUUCUGGUGGGUCGCAGAAGACUGCUGAGCAAGGAAAAUCUGUCAGAGGCAGCCCAGUUUCAUGGAUGAGCUUCUUGCUGCUUCUGGGCACUGGAGCAGGUUUGGUUUACUACUAUGACAGGGAAAAGAAGCGGCAUAUUGAAGGAAUCAACAAUGCUUCUAAUGCUGUGAAACAAGGUCCAUCUGCUGGAAAAGCAGCCAUUGGUGGCCCAUUUAACCUCAUUGAUCAUAAUGGAAAACCUGUUACUGAAAAGGAUUUUUUGGGAAAAUGGACCAUGCUAUAUUUUGGAUUCACGCAUUGCCCAGAUAUUUGCCCAGAUGAGCUACAAAAGCUUGCUGCUGCAAUUGAUAAAAUAAAAGAAAAGGCAGGACUUAAUGUAGUCCCAGUUUUUAUCUCUGUUGACCCUGAGAGGGAUACAGUUGAGCAAGUACACGAAUAUAUCAAAGAAUUCCAUCCUAGUUUAAUAGGGCUUACUGGUACUCCUGAGGAGAUAAAAAAAGCUGCACGUGCUUAUCGAGUUUACUACAUGAAGACAGAGGAGGAAGGCUCAGAUUAUCUUGUUGAUCAUUCAAUAGUCAUGUAUCUCAUGGAUCCUAAGAUGGAGUUUGUGAAGUUCUUUGGGAAGAACAAUGAUGUUGACACCCUUGCUGAUGGUGUAAUCAAGGAGAUAAAGCAUUACAAAAAAAUCAAAGCAUGAUAGUGUAUUUCGACGUUCAUUGCAUUUCAUUUUCCAUAUUAGGCUAUGAAGAAAAUUUAAUUCAAGACCGAACACCGUUUUAUUGAUGAGCAUUUUAGUGUAUUUGGACACUAAAAUUUACUGAUAAGCAUAGAUGUUACACUGUUGUCAUCUUUUUGAAUCUACAAUAUUUAAAAAAUUUAUGUAUGGACAUAAAAUAUAUUUCUGAUAUAGAUUAUGGUUCUCUUAGGC